GCAUUUAAAAGAAAGUCUGAAAAUGUGGAAUUAUGUGAUUAAUUUUUGCUUAAUAUCUAUCAACAUUUUAAACGCGAAAGCGCUUUGGAAUGUGGAAGACUCGUGCCCCUUAGUGUGCACAUGCCAAUUGGAGCAUUUAAAAGAAACCGCAAUUCAUCGCUUUGUUAAAAAACACGGAGAACGAGAUCCAGCUUCAGAAAUAGAAUUUCGUACAACCAAUGAGGUUUUCUACGAAGAUGAGUUUGAAGAUUCCUCCGAUAAUAAUCCAGUGCUUCGGGCAGCUACGUGUAUUUUACAGACGGAGACUGAUACCAUAGACCUGAUUAACUUGUUACCUAAGAACAUAGAGGCGCUAACUUUAAUUCAGGGAGCACAAUCUGGAAAUAAGUCUUUAAACUUUACGACCUUGCAGAAUUUGCCAAAUUUACAGAUCGCCGAGCUAUACGGUUCUAAUGAGCCAAGUGGGAGGGGGAAAGAGAACGUAUUUAAUUGUUUCAUUGAUACCGCAUUGCCGAACCUAAGGUACUUAAAUUUGGAUAGAGUGUCGAUUAAAGUGAAGAAAGAGUUGCUAAUUAAACAUGACUAUGAGGAAGGCGAACAGAUGAAACUCGAAAAUCCAAAAUCGCGACCAUUUGCAUUACUCCAACGUGCCAAGAAAGAAAUUUUGCCCUAUAAUACGUUCCUACAGCAGGCAGAAACGAAGAACGUGCCCUCCUUUACAAAUUUCGAUAAUCUAAUUUUGCUACGAGUCAGCAGUUGCGAGUUCCGAAAUGUCGAUUGGGAUGUGUUCGACGGCUUACAGAAUCUGCACCACUUAAUAUUAGAAAGAAAUAAUUUGUCAGUAAUUACCGGUUUCGCAUUUUAUGGUCUACCGCGCCUUAAGAGUUUAUCACUAGCGAGAAACAAUUUGUCUACCAUUCAGGUCACGGAUUUGGCAGGACUACUCGAACUGGAAUACUUGGAUCUAUCUUAUAAUAAUUUCCAGUUACUAUCAGAAUUAUCAUUCCCGCCCUUCCCCAGUUUAAAAUUUGCAAAUUUCGGCAACAACCCCAUUAAUUUGGUAUUACCGGGCACUUUUGAGGUGAUGAAUACUACCGUUUCGCUAACACUGGGAGGAAAAAACGCCAAAUUGACAAUCGCUCAAAAUUCUUUUUCAGGGUUGAAAAUGCUUCAAAAACUAAUACUAACAAACCUCGAUUUGAUAGUGCUAACAAGAGAAUUGCUCUAUGGCAUGCCUAAUCUUACAGAACUUGUAAUGUCGGGAAACAUAGACCAAAUUGAAUUUGAUGCUUUUGUAGAUGUCGAAAAGUUAAAAAAGUUGGUGAUAUCGGGAAGUCAUCUUCAACAACUGUCUAUGGAUGCAUUCAGUGGACUGACUAAACUGCAGAUUCUCGAUUUGUCCUACAACAGAUUGGUGUAUUUGCCGCCGGGAACAUUUGAUCCGCUUAAAAGUCUUAAAGAAUUGUACCUCCAGAAAAACAAGUUGAUGCAUUUACCUCAGAGUAUCUUUUCUCAGAUUAAUCCUAAGUUAAUUCGGCUAAACGAGAACCCGUGGACCUGCUCGUGCAAAAUGAGCGAAUGGAAACCGAUGGUCGUGAACAGAAUUAAACAAAGAAUUGGAAGACAUUGCGAUGUUAGUGAUGAUAAAGACGCUGGAUGUGACUUUGAGCCAGUGUAUAACAUAAAGUACACUUUCGACACUCGGGUGACCCCAAAAUGUAACAGUCCCAAAAAAUUUAUGAAUUGGAACGUCUUCCAUGUAUUGCGCAAGCAAUUACGCUGCGCCAAUUAUAAGCCAAAAUACCGCAAGAAGAAUCAGAAGCAAGAGAUUACCGAAAUGGAAACCACACAAAGUGUUAACGAAGCUAAUUUAUAUAUGACGAAAGUAGAAAAAUUUAAGAAAAAAAUCAAAUACCAUCCCGAAACCCAGGAGAUGCUUAGCAAUUACGUCAAAUCGGACAACGCGCAAGAUAUGCCGAUAAAGAUUUCCUUGUUUUCUUCUAUGACAAAGAAUGACGAAGGCAAUGACCUAACUUUCAUGGACACCAACUUUCUACCCCCGUUCAACUUAAAACUGCAUCAAGACGAAUACUACAAGAAAAACAAAACUAACCAAGUAAAAGGACAUAGGAAACAAAAAAAGGUGUCAAAAUUACAAUCUAAAGAUGUUAGUGACGUGAAGAUUUUGAAUUAAGUGAACUAUUCCUGUCUUUCAUAUUAUUUAACGGACUGU